UACAGGGCGUCAGCAGUUUCAGCGAUUGGGAAUGUGUUUUGAACCAGGAAGUGGAGGUUAAAAUGGCUGCGAAAGACCAGGUCGAUAGUUUAACCGAGGAGAUAGUUUGUCCCAUCUGCCUGCAUUUCUUCACCGAUCCGGUUAUGCUGGAGUGCGGGCACAACUUCUGCCGCUCCUGUAUCACACAGAGUUGGGACAGGGAGGGGAGAAACUCCUGCCCGGAAUGUAGAGAGCAGUUUACAGACCGCACCCUCAGGGUGAAUCGGGCCUUGGCGAGACUGUCUGAGAAAGCUCGAACACUGAGCCCGAAUCGGACAAAGAAGGAAAGUAAACUUCAGUGCGAGGAACAUCAGGAACUACUUAAGCUGUUUUGUGAAACUGACAAGAAGCUGAUCUGUGUGAUUUGUGCAGGUGGGCGGGAACACAGAGAUCACCGCUUCAUGCUGGUGGAUGAAGCUGUUGAAACCUACAAGGAUCAGGCGAAAUCUUCCAUCCAGUCUCUCACAAAAAAGGAAUUAGAGAUCCAGCGAAUGGAGCAGCAACAGAAACAGAAGAUUUCUGGAGUUCUGGAACAGUCGCUCAACCUUCAGUCCAAGAUUACAUCCCAGUAUGCUGAACUGCACCAGAUUCUCACUGAGAAAGAGCAGCGCACACUGGCAGAUAUCCGGGAGGAGGAGAAGAAGAUUCUAAAUACAAUGGAGACAAAUCUUGGAAAGAUUCAAGAGAAUUUUGUCAUGACUACAUUCCUUUCGAUAAUAAUUGAAGACCAGUUACAUUUCAGCUUUGAUUAUUAG